AUGAAUUGGACGGGUUUGUACACCUUGCUCAGUGGUGUGAACCGGCAUUCUACUGCCAUUGGCCGAGUGUGGCUCUCGGUCAUCUUUAUCUUCAGAAUCAUGGUGCUGGUGGUGGCUGCCGAGAGCGUGUGGGGUGACGAGAAGUCUUCCUUCAUCUGCAACACCCUCCAGCCUGGCUGCAACAGCGUCUGCUACGACCACUUUUUCCCCAUUUCCCAUGUGCGUCUGUGGUCUCUGCAGCUCAUCUUGGUUUCCACCCCAGCUCUCCUCGUGGCCAUGCACGUGGCUCACCAGCAGCACAUAGAAAAGAAAAUGCUGCGACUUGAGGGCCACGGGGACCCCCUACACCUGGAGGAGGUGAAGAGGCACAAGGUCCACAUCUCAGGGACACUGUGGUGGACCUAUGUCAUCAGCGUGGUCUUCCGGCUGCUGUUCGAAGCCGCCUUCAUGUACGUCUUUUAUCUGCUCUACCCUGGCUACGCCAUGGUGCGGCUGGUCAAAUGUGAGGCCUACCCCUGCCCCAACACAGUGGACUGCUUCGUGUCCCGCCCCACGGAGAAAACCGUCUUCACCGUCUUCAUGUUGGCCGCCUCCGGCAUCUGUAUCAUCCUCAACGUGGCCGAGGUGGUGUACCUCAUCUUCCGGGCCUGCGCCCGCCGAGCCCAGCGCCGCUCCAAUCCGCCCUCCCGCAAGGGCUCCGGGGGCUUCGGCCACCGCCUCUCACCUGAGUACAAGCAGAACGAGAUCAACAAGCUGCUCAGCGAGCAAGACGGCUCCCUGAAAGACAUACUGCGCCGCAGCCCCGGCACCGGGGCCGGGCUGGCCGAGAAGAGCGACCGCUGCUCAGCCUGCUGA